AUGCGGACCCCCCGGCCCCGCAGGAGGGCAGCAGCUAGAGGGCAUUGGGCGCCCUGGUACCUGCCCCUAGUGGCACAGCUCGUGCUUCACGUUCUGCAGCUGGUGUUGUCAGCACCUUGUAUCAGUAGUGAUUUACCUAAACCAACCAAUGUCACUUUCUCAUCUGUAAACAUGAAGAAUGUUCUACAGUGGAAUUCACCAGAGGGUCUAAGAGGAGCUAAAGUUGUUUACACUGUGCAGUAUUUAAUAUAUGGCCAAAAGACAUGGCUGAAUAAAUCAGAAUGCAGAAAUAUCAACAGGACCUACUGUGACCUCUCCUGGGAAACCUAUGACCACGAAGAACAAUACUAUGGGAGAGUUAAGGCCGUCUGGGAAAAAUGUUCUUCCAAAUGGGCAGGAACAGAACGAUUUAAUCCUUGGUCAGAAACACAAAUUGGCCCCCCAGAGGUUGCUUUGACUCCUGGUGAGAAAUCAAUUUCAGUUGUUCUGACAGCCCCUGAGAAGUGGAAGAGAAAUGCAGAAGACACUUCUGUAUCCAUGCACCAAAUCUAUCCUAGUCUAAAAUAUAAUGUAUCUAUCUACAACACCAAGACAAACAAAAAGUGGUAUAAAUUUGUAACAAACCAUACCUUGGAGCUUCCCCAGCUGGAGUCGAAUACUCUCUAUUGUGUCAGUGUCCAAGCCUACAUCCCAGGACCACUUCGAAAGGCUAAGCCUUCAGAAAACCAAUGCAUCACUACUUUGAAAGAUCAAACUUCAGAGUUGAAAAUAAAAAUCAUCCUUUGUUAUAUUUUGCCCAUUUCUGUUACAGCCUUUAUUUUUUCAGUAAUAGGCUACUCCAUGUACAGAUAUAUACAUAUUGGCAAAGAGAAACGACCAACCAACUUGGUAUUGAUUUAUGGAACUGGAUAUGACCAAAGACAUUUUGCACCUGCUGAAAAAAUAGUAGUUAACUUUAUUACUCUCAGUAUUGUAGAAGAUGCCAAAACUUCCUCAAAGGAUCUGAGUUUAAUGGGAAAAGUCUGUGACAUUUCUGAUCUGAGCACUGCUGAGAAUAUGGAGAGCAAGAGCCACGAGGAAGAACCAGAAGUGAAGCACUUGGGUUAUGCUUCAAAGGCAAGAGGCAUUUUUUGUGACAAUGAGGAAACUUUAUCCUGCCUUUCCCCAGGUCAACAAGAAUUACUUUGUACUUCAAGAACAAAGAAUGAACCAAUCAUAGAAUAUGAGUUUGAUGUGAGACCUAGUGACAUUGGCACAGAUUAUCAGGAUCAGGAGAUUAACUUGCAAGAAAGAAUAUCCUUUCAGGGCAAACUAAUGCUUGAAUCGGAGUCUACUUUAGCAAAUUUUGGGCAGGAAGCAUUACUCUGUUCAUACAAUCCACAGCUAAGGAAUCUCCAACAGGGAGCACAGGAAGACACAGAGAUAAAGAAGAAACAGGAAGAAGAAGAGUCAAGGACUCUAGUGGACUGGGAUCCCCAAACAGGGAGACUGUGUAUACCAUCUCUAUCUCAUUGUGAACAUGUGUUAGAUGAGAAAGGAGGUGAGAAUUCUGAAUAUGAUGUGUAUCCAAAUGAGGGACUUCUGUCAAAACUUUAUGAUGCACAGGCACCCAACAAAUCACCCCCAGGAAAUGAAACCUAUCUCAUGCAAUUCAUGGAGGAAUGGGGACUACACAUCCAAAUGGAAGACUAGCUUUAUUUGUUGUGUCAUUAUUGUUUCAAGACAUAUACAUACAGGCAGAUGAGUUCAAUUACACUAAAAUAAAUCACUCAAGAAAAAGAUCAGUUUUUAUAAACAGAUUUUCUGAGUUCAAAAUAUUUUUUAAAUUUUAAUAUUUUAUUUUUCCUCAAUUACAUGUAAAAAUAAUUUUUAACCUUUGGAGUGGUUGUUUUGGUUUGGUUUUCUUUCUUACAAUUUUGAGCUUCAAAUCCUCUCACCUUCCCUCAUUGAGAAGGCAAGAAAUUUGAUAAAGGUUAUAUAGGUGCAGUCAUGCAAAUAAGUUCAUAAUAUUUUUUACUCAUUGGUAUUGGGUUAUGUUUUUUAAUAUGCCCAUUGACAUCAACUCUUUGAGUACCCUUAAGAUGCAUUGGGCUAUAUGCAUUUCAUAAGAGUCAACCUAAAGUUCUUUAUAUCAUCAAUGAUUAUUUAAUAGUAAUAACUCAUGUUUCCAUUGCAUUGUAAAGGACUCCUUUUUACAGGAGCCUUAGCUCUGAGAUGGAUAAUGUUGUGCAAAUAUUGUUGUUGUCAAUUUUGAAUUGAAUUUAGAGAAAGAACCCUAGGAAAUGCUUCUAAACUAAAUCCAACAAUCAAUUGAUGACCAAUGAAUUGUAGGAAACAUUCUCAUCUCACUGCUCUGUCAUUAAGGACCCAGUUUUCCUCCUGGCCAAGUAAAUAGGUCACCUCCAUUCAACAUCUGUAAUUAGGACCAUGAAAUUUUCAUUAUCCAUCUAACAUUGACUUUUAAAUCUUUCUACCAUCACACUGAAUUGGGCAUUUACAAAUAAGAAUAAUCCCUUAUACUUGGAUAUCCCCUCAAAAUAUUUCACAUGCUUUAUCUCAUUUGAGUCUUAACGAGUUCAUUCCUUGAGUAUAUGGAAGUCCAUGAAAUUUUAAUAUUAUUCCUUUCCACUUCAGAAUCCUUUUUAGAUAAUUAACAUAUUAUAUAUCUGUUAACGUCCAUCAGCUCCAGUGUGCAAAAUAAGGCCGAAUCCUAUGCUAAAAAUAUUAUAUUUAUUUCGUAAGUUGUAUUUAGGAGAGACAUUUGCUGCUAAACUGCUCUGGGAGUUGAGCUAUAAUAUUCAGAGCUUGAUUUAUUCUGGGAUGGCUCCAAGAGAGAAUCUGUGUUGGUUUUUGUUUUGGUGUCCUCAGCACAAAGCACAGUGACUUGCAUAUAGUAAAUGUAU